UUACUGGACAAGUGUUCGUGUCUCCUCAUGCUGUUGAAAUCAAGUAAAUAAAUAAUAAUAAGUAAGUGCUCCAGUUGAAGUUGAAUCGACAUGCCGAUCUUGGACAAAAGAAAAGGGGACGAUAUUCUAGCGUUGGUCCCCGCUUCGAAAAGGACCAAAAAUGAAGUCGUCUUCAGCAGCAGAGAGAAGGCGGUUGUGCAAAGCGGCCCACCACGGACAUCUUCCUUAAUGUCAAUGAUAAUGUUACUCGAGGGUCAUCAAGGAGAUAUUUUCUCAUUAGAAUUUCAUCCGGAAGGACAGUACCUUGCAUCCACGGGAUUUGAUCGACAGAUCUUCCUUUGGAAUGUUUAUGGAGAAUGUGAAAAUAUUGGUAUUAUGACUGGACACAGUGGAGCAGUGAUGGAAUUACAUUUCAGUCCGGAUGGCAAUCAUUUAUACACGGCCAGCACAGACAUGACAUUGGGUUUGUGGGAUAUAGUAGCUGGUACACGAAUUAAGAAGUUGAAGGGCCAUACUUCGUUCGUAAAUUCUGUAUCAGGUGCACGAAGGGGACCUACGUUGCUCUGCUCAGGCAGUGACGACAGUACUAUACGUAUUUGGGAUCCAAGGAAACGGGGUCAGUGCUACACAUUGAACAAUACAUAUCAGGUUACUGCAGUGACGUUUAAUGAUACGGCAGAACAAGUGAUUAGUGGUGGAAUUGACAAUGACAUAAAGGUGUGGGAUCUUCGAAAAAAUGCUGUGCUCUACAAACUGAAAGGACACACUGACACUAUUACUGGAUUAAGUCUCAGUCCUGAUGGAUCUUAUAUACUUUCCAAUGCUAUGGAUAACACGCUGAAGAUAUGGGACGUGCGACCAUUUGCUCCUUACGAACGCUGUGUGAAGAUACUGUCUGGACAUCAACAUAACUUCGAAAAGAAUCUUCUGAGAUGCGCGUGGUCACCGGAUGGUAGCAAAGUAUCGGCGGGAUCGUCAGACCGAUUUCAUUACAUCUGGGAUACUACAAGUCGUAGAAUAUUGUACAAAUUACCGGGACACAAUGGAUCUGUAAACGAUAUCGAUUUCCAUCCAAAGGAACCUAUAGUGUGCUCGGGAUCUAGCGACAAGCAAAUCUACUUAGGUGAAAUCGAGACCUAAUAACAUGGAACUCAUAUUUAAUACAUUUAUGUACUUGUAAAAAAAUAGAGAGAAGAAAAGACAGAACUGUCUUUGGAUAUCGGUGAUUUUCUCUUUGUUUCAUUUCCUUCACUAUAUUGUGCAUUUUUUAAUUCAUAUGUGAUAUAUUUACGUAU